AGUAAAGAUGGCGGCGCGAGGGUUUCCGCCUUCUGCUCCCGGCUGAAGCGCUGUGAAAGAGACGGCAGCAGCAACAGAAGCAGCAACAGCAAUCUAGCGGUAGUAGUUUGAGCAGCAGCUGCCCAAACCGGAGCAAUGGCGGAGCUGGAGCACAUUGGCGGUAAGCGGGCAGAGUCGGCGCGAAUGCGGCGGGCUGAGCAGCUUCGGCGCUGGAGGGGUUCGCUGACCGAACAGGAGUCCGCGGAGCGGCGCGGCGCGGGGCGGCAGCCGCAGACUCGUCGAGGGAGCCCCAGGGUCCGCUUCGAAGACGGUGCCGUCUUCCUGGCCGCCUGCUCCAGCGGUGACACUGACGAGGUGAAAAAGCUUCUGGCUAGGGGCGCCGACAUCAACACGGUCAACGUGGACGGCUUGACAGCCCUGCACCAGGCAUGUAUUGAUGAAAAUUUGGACAUGGUGAAGUUUCUGGUGGAGAACAGAGCCAAUGUAAACCAGCAGGACAACGAGGGCUGGACCCCUCUUCAUGCAGCAGCUUCCUGUGGCUAUCUCAACAUAGCAGAGUAUUUCCUUAACCAUGGAGCCAGUGUGGGUAUUGUGAAUAAUGAAGGCGAAGUCCCCUCUGACCUUGCGGAAGAGCCAGCCAUGAAGGAUCUUCUUCUGGAGCAAGUAAAGAAGCAAGGUGUCGAUCUAGAGCAGUCAAGAAAAGAAGAAGAACAACAGAUGUUGCAGGAUGCCCGCCAGUGGCUCAACAGUGGAAAAAUAGAGGAUGUGAGGCAGCCUCGUUCAGGGGCUACAGCUCUUCAUGUGGCUGCUGCCAAGGGCUACUCUGAGGUCCUCAGGCUUUUGAUUCAGGCUGGCUAUGACCUCAAUGUUCAGGAUCAUGAUGGCUGGACUCCCCUCCAUGCUGCUGCACACUGGGGAGUGAAGGAGGCUUGCUCCAUCCUGGCAGAAGCACUCUGUGACAUGGAUAUCAGGAACAAACUGGGUCAGACACCAUUUGAUGUGGCUGAUGAGGGUCUGGUGGAGCACUUGGAGAUGCUUCAGAAGAAGCAGAAUGUGCUUCGAAGUGAAAAAGAGACACGGAAUAAACUUAUUGAGUCAGACCUGAACAGCAAGUUGCAGAGUGGGCUCUUUAAGAACAAAGAGAAGAUGCUAUAUGAGGAGGAAACAUCAAAGUCCCAAGAAACAGAGGAAGAGAACAAGGAAUCCAGCAGCUCCAGCUCGGAGGAGGAGGAAGGUGAAGAUGAUGCUUCAGAGUCAGAAACUGAGAAGGAGUCAGAUAAAAAGCCAGAAGCCGUUAUCAGCCAUUCCAACUCUGAAAGCAAGAGUAGUGUCACGGAGCAAAUACCAUCAGCUCAGAAUACCUUCUCUGCCUCUUCUGCUAGGAGAUUCUCCUCCAGCCUUUUUAACAAGCCAGAAGAGCCCAAAGAUGAAUCUCCUUCCUCAUGGAGACUGGGGCUUAGAAAAACUGGCAGCCACAACAUGCUGAGUGAGGUGGCCAAUUCCAGGGAGGCCCCGAGAGACCGAGGCUCUUCCAUCUACCGCUCAUCAUCAAGCCCUCGGAUUUCUGCUCUGCUGGACAACAAAGAUAAGGAAAGAGAAAACAAAAGCUAUUUUGGUUCACUAGCACCCCGGAGGCUCAACAGCUCAAGUGACAUUGAAGAAAAGGAAAACAGAGAAUCAGCUGUUAAUCUAGUGAGGAGUGGUUCCUAUACCCGGCAGCAGCUGCGGAGGGAUGAAGCAAAAGGAAAUGACACUCCACAGACAAUUGCUCCUUCCACCUAUGUAUCAGCUUACUUGAGAAGUGCUACAUUUGGUAGAAGUAGUGACCCCACCAGUCCCUACAUUUCAGCCAAUCGCAAUUCAUCUCCUGCUACCUCACCCAUUACCAUUGGUUCAUCUACCUCUCAGGGCAGCCAGUGGCAACCUGCCUCUUCUUGCCCUGCACCAAUCAGUGCAAACACUACUGCAUCUGUACACCAUGGCAGGACUCCUUACAAAUCCCAGGCUGACUCGACAGCAGAGAAAACAGCAGACAAUGUCUCUUCUAGCACCCCGCUCUGUGUAAUCACCAAUCGCCCUCCACCUAGCACUGCCAAUGGGGUUACAAUUGCCAGUGUGCUCUCAUCUACUGGAACAGACUCCUCUGCAGAAGCCAGAGAGAGAAGGAGGUCAUAUCUAACUCCUGUACGGGAUGAGGAAGCAGAGUCUUUACGGAAAGCACGCUCCAGACAAGCUCGCCAGACUAGAAGGUCUACUCAGGGUGUAACCUUAACGGACCUUCAAGAAGCAGAAAGAACUUUCACUCGUUCAAGGGCAGAGCGGCAAGCUCAGGAGCAGCCUAGCGAAAAGCCUACAGAUACCCAAGGACUUCAGGGGAGCACCAAGAAGAAUGAGCCCUCAGGAGUGCCGGCAAAGGAAACUGAGGAGGGCCAGCAACCCUGGAGCGGGAGCCUGGAUGAAGAGCCUGUCUAUCGUCGCCUGAGGUGUUCAACUCAGCCAGACAAACCCACAACACCAGUGUCUCCUUCUACAUCAAGACCCUCACUGUACACCAGUUCCCACCUGCUACAGACAAGUCGGUCUUCAAUCCCUGAUUCAGAGAGUUCAGAGACUACGACAAACACUGCAAAGGAAAUGGACAAAAAUGAGAGUGAAGAAGCAGAUUUGGAUGAUCAGUCAUCUAAUAGGCAAUCCAUCCGAGAGAGGAGGCGGCCAAAGGAAAGACGAAGAGGCACGGGUAUCAACUUCUGGACAAACGAUGAGGAUGAAACUGAUGUCCCUGAAGAGGUGAAAAAGGCAUGGCAUGAAAGACUUUCUAGGUUGGAAGCAGGAAGUAGUAACCCUACAACCAGCGAUUCUGGCAGUGACCGGGCCUCAGCAAGAGCCCGUCGAGAGGCCCGUCUAGCUAGCCUGACCAGCCGUGUGGAAGAGGACAGCAACAAGGACUAUAAAAAACUCUACGAGAGUGCCCUCACUGAAAACCAAAAACUGAAAACAAAACUUCAGGAGGCCCAGCUAGAGCUAGCAGAUAUAAAAGCCAAGCUUGAGAAGAUGGCCCAGAAACAAGAGAAGAGCUCUGACCGGUCAUCAAUGCUGGAAAUGGAGAAACGGGAGAGGCGAGCGUUGGAACGGAAAAUGUCAGAAAUGGAGGAGGAGAUGAAGGUGUUAACAGAACUGAAAUCUGACAACCAGAGGCUGAAAGAUGAAAAUGGUGCCCUUAUCAGAGUCAUCAGCAAACUGUCCAAAUAGACUAGGCUCCAGAUGUAAGAGGGAAGGGACAGCAUUUGUUGCCCCAACCCCUCUUUUCCAGCCAUUGCCUUCCAACCAAAAGAAGUUAAUAUUUUGGUGGAAGGACACUUCUCUCUGAACCUCCUCCAGUCACCUCCUUUGCACUGUACAUUUUCUCUGCAUUCUCAAUGCCCUGCUCCUCCUGUACCUCUCCCCACUGAGUUUUAUAACAGUUUUAAUUGAAGCAUGAUUGUGAUCAUUUAAACCAUCUGGAAAGGGCCUUGGGGAGUACACGAGGCUCAUCUGUGGAUCCCCCAACUUCCUGCUGCUCAGCCACUUUGUCCGCAUUGGAUUUGGUUCCAACAUGUAAGGUCUUUACCCAUACCAGUACCCCCCAGUCUUUUACACUGACCCAGUGUCCUCUGGUAUAGCUGAGGCUUGUGGUGGCCAGUCCAGGAUCCUGUCUGGGGUGCCAAGAGAAACGGCAGGAUGUUGAAAUAAUCACCAAACAGCUUCUAGAGUUUUGUUUCUAUUAGAUGCAAAGAUGACGGCAACUCUGCUUUGAGGCACUCUAUUCUUCAUCUCUCAGGAACUGACUUUUCUCUAACUCCCCACUGGUGUUAUUUUUAUUUUUUCUAUCAACAAGCCAGUAAUAUACCUGACUAGUCUCAACCCCUGUUCCUCUUACACAUCUAGCCCUUUCCCCAAGAUUCAGACAACUCUGGCUUCAUUUAUUCCUUUCUUUUCUAUCCAUUUAUUUUCCCUUCUUCCUCCCCCAGUCUCACCCCAUGGUGUAAAAGCUAUAACAGAGUACCUGAUCUCAGUUGUCUUCGGUCAUUAUGGAAAAUCAUUUCUCCUGGGGCUCUCCGGGGAAUGGAGGAAUUGCCUUGGUGGAAGCAUCCCUGCCCUCUCCCUGAAAACCUAGACUAUGGCAUAAGCAGCAGUCCUUUGUUCUUAUCCUCCACUUGUUUCCCCAUACAGAGUGAUUUUCUUUAUUGGAAAAGCUAGGCUCUGGCUACCGCCUUCUGUCUUACCUCCCUUUGACUUUGUUUUCGUCUCUUCACCAUGGCACCUGCUCCCAAUGAGGAAUGAAGUCAUUGCAAGGAGGCAUGAGAGCUGGGGAGGGUAGAUUGAUGGGCGAUGGACCAAGGACUGGAAGCAGGUUGGAAAGACAUACAGUGUGAGUAGAGUAUUUAAGAGCACUUGCAACAUUGUGACAAAGAAGAUGGAAAGUGGCAGCUCAUUGGGCUGCAAGAGGGGUGGUGAAUUUGAUUAUUUCUGGUGGUUAGAUUUAGGGGAGAAACAUUUGCUUUCUUAGGGGCCAACAGGAGAAAUGACUUCUUAAGAGAGGUUUAAAGGGAUGAAAUACUUUCAGCUCAUUGGUGAAAGUCAUGGAAUCUUUGAGUGGCAAGGUCCAGAGGUCAUUUGGUCCAGUUUUAAAUUGUUGAAUCACAGGCACCCUUGCUACCACAGCUUUGACCCAUAAUCAGGUAGCUUUUGAUGGCUGUGCAUUUAUUACUCGAUGGUUGGGCAACUCUGAUAACCAGAAGUUUUCCUAAUUGGCACUGAAGUCUGCCUAUGGGUUCUCCCAGCAUUCCCAUCUGCCCUUUGUCACUCUUUACUAAAUGACAGCCUUUCUCGUGUGUGCAGCUGCUGACCUCCCUCAAUCUUACUUUUAGCUGAAGCAUCCCUGGUCCUUUCAGUCCUUCCUCAAAUGGCAUGCUUUUUUUGCCUGUCACAUCUUAGUCAUUCUCCUCUAGACAAAAAAAAAUAUUUAUGUGUCAUGCCCAGACCUGGACAGAAUGCUCCAUAAGUCCAGUGUGAAAUUAAACUAUUAGUUCUUGACAACCCAAUAUUAAUACUUAAUGUUUCUGCUUUUUGUAGGAGUCUUAUCACUUGGUUGGUUCAUUUUGAGUCAACAUGUCAUUUAAAUCAUCAUUUUAGGGUGACCGGUGAUAUAUAGGACUUAGAGUGGUCCAUUCUCUUAACAUAUAUACUACCUCUGUCCACUUUGACUUUUUUCCCAGGUUACAAUGGCAGUGUAGUUCCCCGUGGCCCUCUGAAACAUAAGUGCACUUUAAACCAGAAGCUAUAAUUCUAGAUCUCAAUCCCAGAAUAGAAGAUAUUUCUCCUCUGGCAAAACCCCGGUUUUAGAGUCUACAAAACUCUCUUCCAUUUCCAGCCAUUUUUCAAGACAAACUACUACCAUAUUAGGAUUUUGUAUCAUCAUGGGAGCACUAUAAGCUCGGUUCUCAGGGAAUGCUAAAUUAGAGUUACAAGUUUCUUAUCUUCCACUACAGGCAUUUCCUUCAUUCUAGGGAGAGAGGAUAUCAACAUAAGGUGGUGACUAAUUGAUCCUCCUGGCACUUCUUGGAUAUUGGGGAGGGGACUGCUGCCUCUUUCUAGGGAAAGAAAACUGGAUGAAUAAGAAAGUAUCUUGGCCCUCUUCCGUUAGAUAGAACAGUUAAAUGGGUUGAGAGUUUCCCCAGAUCUAUUUGUGCCUUUCAAAAGGGUUGGAGGCAAGUUCUCAAAAUUCUUAGAUUGGUGUUCCUGCUACUUCACACAGCCUUUUCAUAUUAACACUGCAUUUUCUUGCCAGAAAGUUUGCCUUGUGGAUCAAGAAACUUACAAGCUUUCCAAUCUCAGGAAUACUGGAUUCCAUGGCCAAGAACUCAUGAAAGUGUAAACCAUCCUAGGGAAUUUCAGGCAUUCUCCCUUAUGCAAUUAAUUUUAUUAGACAGAUUAACUGAAUUCUUGUCUGUCUCCAGAGAAUAAAAUACCAUUUCUUCCCAA